AUGAUGCCGUGCAAUGCCAUGUUCAAGCUUAUCAGCGCCCACUCUACCGACCCAGACCUGUGCCAGGUCGAACUGCGGACCGAGCGGCCGGACAGCGACAAUCGCCCCCAUCGCCUGCCCGUGUCCAAGAUGGCCAACGAGGGCGAUAUCGCCGUCUUCCCGUCUUGGUCCCUCCGCACGUUCUGCGCUCCGUUCGGCGUGCGUCGGCUCGUCAAGGUCCUCCCCGGCUCCUCGUCAUCGACCUCUGCAGGCGGAGACCUCCACGACGCCCCCGACGCGCUCGAGAAGAGGCCCGAGGCCCGCGAGAGGUCCAUGAGCGACCCCACGACGCCGGGCUCGACCGCUCAGCUGCAGGACCGGACGCUGCGGGCCGCCAGCAGCAGCAAGGGCAAGGAGAAGCGAGACGGCCGCGCCGGCGGCGGCGCCGGUAAGUCAUCGAGCGUCAUCGUGUUGAACAAGGAGGCCAAGCGGGCGCUGGUCAGGAAGCACAAGAAGGCGGUGCUACUGCUCGAGUACGACUCAUACGUGCCGCCGCCCGAGCUCGUCCGCUGCAUGAAGAAGGUCAUCACCAUGAUGGAGAAGGAGGGCAACAAGAGCGUCGGCCGCUGGUACAAGAAGAAGCGAGGGCGUAUCAUCGAGGCCUGCCCAUGGAACCGCUACUACCCCAGCAGUUCCGAGUCUGAAUCGGACUUGGAUACGUCGGAGUGGGGCAGCUCGUCGGACUCGUUUUCCACGUACAGCGACAGCGACAUGAGCAGCAGGAGCGACGAUCUCGCCCGGAUGCGGCAUCGCUUCGAAGGCAGCGAAGACGAGGCCAUCCUGGCCGACGUCAGUUACUGGAACGGACCGAUGCCGCUCACCAAGCACGAGCGACGCGAGCGCGACAGGCGCGAUAAGCGCAAGCGACGCAUCAAGAAGGCCAAGAAGGUCGCCCUCACCACCGCCUUCGUUGCCGGAGGUGCGCUCGCGCUGGGACUUCGCUUCCACUUCCGCCGAAAGUGUAGUCGUGGCGGUGUAACUCCGAUGCUUGCUAUGCGCCAAGACGAGAAGCAGAAGCAGAAGCAGAAGAAAAACAACAUCCACCACAAGAUGAGGUACGCUCUGUGGCUCCUGUUCGUCGUCGGUCUUGUCGUCGCCUCCAUUGCCCUGGUCCUCGCCGAGCGCAAGCCCCGAGUGGGCCUGUCGAGGUGA